AUGGUUGUGGAGCUGUCCAAAGUGAAGUUCCCGUCGCAGACGGAUUCGUUCCGAGUCCGCCUGGCGAAGACGGACGACGAGUGUCGUGUAGUGUUUGGGUCGUGCAAUGUCAAGAAUACUCUGAAUCAUGCGCCAACUACCGCCAAGUCCAAGUUGCCUUCAAAGGUGGUGAUCGCGACACUGCAGGUGAAGAUGAAGCUGGCGAUGACGGCGUUUGCUAAACUGUCGGUCGAGUACGAGUUUGAGUUGACUCCCCUCGAUGUGGCCACCACGGAUAUAUUGGCAGCCAAGAUUCGCGACUUGCAGGAGAACGUGAAAGCGUUGAAAGAUGUAUGUCAUACGACUGAACUCGCCCAGCUGCGCGAGGAAGUGGACGACGUCCGCCGAAACUUGGGUUAUUACUAG